UAUCAAGAAGUUGAUAGUUCUUCAAUUGAAAAGAAAAAUAUUAUCAAUCUUGCAGAUGUCAUGGAUUAUGUUUAUAAUAAUCUUAUUGAAUAUGAAAACUUAAAUGAAGAUUUUGAAGGACAUAUGCAUUUUCACCUUCAAUUUUUUAUUGAUUCAGAUUCAAUUUAUGAAGAAAUUUUAGUUGAUAUU